CGCGGUAUGUUACUACGUAGAAAACCACCGCCGAAUUCUUGUAAAACGAAACCUCAUUCAGUCGGUUCCAAGAGAAUAGGCAUACCGUUAUUUACGCGCCUAGAUGUGUUGUGACGAUUGUGCGAAUUACGUAACGUGCAGCAUCGUAAAUUUGACUAAAUUAACAUUUGUUUUCAUUUUCAAUAUUAGAAGGAUGGAUAAGCUGUAAUUUUGCCUGGAUGUUUCCGCUACCCGAGGCUAAUGAUUGAUUUAGUUGUCUGGUAAAAGGAACACGUUAUGAGGCGUAUUCAACUAAGGAUGGAAAACUGCUGGCAAAAUAACUUCAACCACAGAUGUUUUGUGCAAGUGUGCGUGCUGCUGUGUAUCCUUGCUCACAAAGCUGCGCUCACAAAUGCAUCGUUAUUUGUUGGCAGGGAAGCCAGCGACAUAUACAAAGUAGGAGACAGAACUGAUGUAAUUGCUCGUCGCAACAUCUCAAGUACUAAUUUACCUGUCAAUCAACUAGUUGUAGAGCAACACUUUCGCGCGGAAAACUUCCAAAAUAUUAGUUACUGUGAAAGUAAGCCCAAGUUUAAAAUCGGAUCUGGCUCGAUUUUAGUUUAUUUGUCGAGAUUGAUGUUGUGUCAAAUGGUAACGGGGAAGCCUUGGUUGCAAGAUGAAUGUAGCAAUCGAGUUUAUAACGUGACCAGCUAUUACCACGCAGUGUACGAAAAAAUCUGCAACCCUCAAAACUUUGCACGAACAUGUGGCAACAGCAUCGAGCAAACCGAAAAUGGUGUUUUUAAUGACGAAGCGCACGAUCUAGUAUUGGCAUGGGUUCGCAGAAAUCGCCUCCGUGAAGUUGCAACAAUUGUAAACGCGACAAGAAGGAAUGAAGAAAGACGAAACGAGACCAAAGUGGAGUAUAAGUAUUGCGCGGAUAUUCAAUCAUUUUUUCAAAACUUUCAAAGUUUUCUUGACAACGAAAUUGUAAACACGACGCAAGACCAAACAUCGGAUAUCUUGACUCCGUUUUCUCAACUUAACUAUUCUGAGUGGUUUCUUACAUACAGACCGUUCUGCGAGCCGGUGGCGUGCGGGAUUUCUAAAUUAAACUAUCAGUCAAGCCCGGUGACUUCGUACCAAUGUUUUUCUCAAUUUUGUCGGCCAGCUAUCGUUUUUACAAUGGUUGUCGACUCCGUUUUGGCAGCAAUUGUGGUAGUGACUAAUUUCCUUGUGCUGGCAGUCAGUGUUCGAACAACAAUAAUGCAGAAUAUUCCAGGGUACUUCAAGAUAUCGCUUGCAAUAGCUGAUAUUAUGGUCGGCCUCUUUGUGCUGCCAGGAAGUGUGUACCAUCACUACGUAUUGUCGAUGUCGCCUCUACCUUUUCGAUCCGAAGGUCAGUCCCCCCAUGCUACAGAUUACUUUGAUCAAAGAUAUCUCAACUUUAUGGGCGUGUUCACAGUAAUGUCCUUUUCCGUAUCGAUUUACACCAUGGGUGCAGCGAGCGUUGAUCGUUAUCUGGCCAUCACGAAGCCCUUUCGGUACAGACAGGGCAAGUACUUGACGAAAAAACGAUCGAUUAUUGUGUUCAUGGCGAUUUGGGCCUUUGGGUUUAUUUGCGCAAUUUAUCCUGUGUUUACAAAGAGACCAUACGACAUCUCGGGACUUAGUUUGAUCCUGUCGACCGGGCUAAUCGCUGCAGUAAUCUACGCAGUCACGAUGGGUUUACCCUUGUUAGCGGUUUGGGUUAUCAACGGUAUGAUGCUGCGACAAGUUUGCACUGAUGGCAAAAACCGACGCACUUUAUCGGCAAAACGUCGUCGUAACCAACAGCAAGCAAGACCUGACACCGCAGAAGGUGAAAGACCGGAAAACCAAUCAGGAAAAGCCAAUGUCACUCAUUCGAAUGGCACGACCAAGUCCAAUUUCGAACAAGCAGCUAAACGACGAGUGUCUCAAUUUGCGAUCAGUCUUCACGCAAAGCUGCGGAGACAGUCGAGGCCAAGCCAAACGGGGACACUAAGCCACGAAAACGUGGAAGAAAAGCUUGCUAAAACAUUGGCUGUAAUGAUCGGGGCGUUCACGAUUGCACUUUUACCGAGCAUAAUUAUUCUUGCACUAGGAGUGGCAUUAGAUAAGUUAAUCACGCCAGCCCGAUAUCCUGCUACAUAUUCACCUUAUGCUACAAACUUUUACAACUCGGCGCAGUUCGUGGCUUCACGACUCUUGCUUUCCAACUCGUUUUGGAACUGUAUAAUCUACAGUGUGCGGAAUCGUCAUUUCCGGCGAGCUCUCGCAGACGUGUUUAUCUGUACAGAGGAAGCACGAAGAAGAAGACGUCGAAGUGCAUCCAUGGGAGGAUAUUCUUCGUCCUCGUACCGACACAGCCAAGCUAACCGACAGAAAUCUCUGUCAAAAAUGGCAAGUACAGACAGUUCAUACACCACUUCGGAAGCGGAGAAACGGCGUAGAAGUACUCACGUAUGGGACCUUAGUACAAGCACGGUUAAAGACCGUAGGUAGUCAAAUAACAGCAGUAAAGUAACAACUACAAUACUAAAUAGCAAUACCUGUCGUUGCCCAACAGCCGAGAGCAAGUAAUUAAAAAAAAUGUUUAAUAUUUCUACCAUAUUUGAUGUUCUUAAUGCUCGUGUCUUUCUGUGUACUGGUAGCUGCAUUACAUUAAACACAGUGUGUACCUAUAUGUGUAAAUAACACUUCGCAUAUAAUCUUUACUUGUCAAAUUGUGUGCUAAUCUCCAACCUGCCAUUGUCAACGUUAUAACACUACCUCUCCGUAUACAUAAAUUUUCGUCACCGAUUAAAAACCACCUUUGAUAAUUUAGCAAAUAUCAUUUACCGUCAAAGCUAUACACGUGUAUACAGGAAUAGCGUUUAUUAAACAAAAACUUACAUUAAAGUAAAAAACUUUUUUUUAUUAAGUAACGUAAUUCUUUCCUAAUUCCCAUUUCCGCAAUAUCGUUUAUGAUGCAUUGAACUAAUAAACUGUAGGCCCACCAGGCACCAGUGAA